UUUAUUUUUUCGUACGGACAAAAGCUUCUAAAAAAAAACAGCCAAAUAACAAAUUCGUUUUGAGGAUCAGACAUAUUCAUUCAUCAGAGAUCGAGUGCGGGUUUUUUUUUUGUUCUCGGAGAGAUGUCUUUGUCUCUUCGUGAUUUCGUGGUCGGCGAGACACUGACCUAAACCCGGUUAAUAAUCUCCGACUACUACGAUCAACAAAACCCAGAGGGGGAACACACCAAACCAAACCACAUCACAUCACUCGGCAAAUCAUGUGGAUUUCGAGGCUGAGAAGAGUUAGGAGAACGAUUAUGGUUCUGGGCGUUGCCAAUUUCCUCGUGAUUGUCUCCGGCGGUGUUCUUACUCUCGUUUCUGAGUCGGGUUGCGACAGCGCCGGUCAACUAUUUCCCCUCUAUGCCGUUUGUUUAGCCGCCGCCGUCAAACUCGCCGCCAUGGUUAAGGUCGGAACUACUCAGGAACUCAUGGCUAUGACAAUCAUGGAUUCUCCUACUCAGAACAGCCUCCAAAGAAAGUUGAAGUAUAAGACGUGGCUUUGGUGGACUCGGUUUGCAAUGGUAAUUACUGUACUGCAAUUUAUAGGUGCAACUUACCUUAUGUUCCGUGUGGCCAAAUAUGUUUCCCGUGAUGGAUUGCCAAGGGAUUGCGUUUUAGGGUUAUAUCCAGAUACACGUGGGUGGAAGCAAACACUGGAGGUUGCCUUCUUGAUCACAGUUUGCUUUGUUGCACUGGCACAAUGCUUCACUGGAUCAGAUAUAUUGCAAUGGCGGUCUUUCUACGCAACCCAAGAUGAUGCCUGGAAAGCUCACUAUCAGGAGGUAUUUGACCAUGGAAUCCGUGAAGUUUUGUGCUGUCUCGGACGUCGUGAAUAUAUGGGUGUUAUCGAGGAGGACGAAGUGUGUUCUGUUGCAAGACUAUUAGGUGACCUUGUUUCUUAUCGUGCAUCGGGCACUGGCCAUUUGGAAUUUUUGGCAGGGCUUGCUCUGCUACAGCAUAAUAGCCAGUAUCCUGAAUCAUACGAGGACUGUAUGGAAGCUCCAGCAUUUCAUCUUCAGGAGGCUGCUAUGUUGCAUAAAUUUGCAGAAGCUGCUUAUACUGGACCACUGCUUGAUGUCGGGAGAAAUCCCGCCUUAUUUUUAUGCACAUGGAUUUGUAGACAAGGGAUUUUAACACCUUGGAGCCGUAAAUGGCGGCCUAAACUUGAUGGUGAUAAUUGGUGGCGAGGUCAUGCAGCUGCCUUCCUUAAGUUCAUAAAUUUUCCUGCUCAUGUUCUUCGACGAGGUCGAAUUUGUAGGGAGAAGUGUAAAGCAACAUACUUC